AUCCCCCGGUCCAAAAUGCCGACUCCGGCGGCAGGGGGCGCUGGCGUGCGACGGGGUCGGGCCCCCGGUACCGCCCAGCAAGGAGCCAGACUACAGCCGACGCCAUGCGCGCGCUGCUGCCGCUACUGCGCACAGGCUGGGGCUGGCCUACCGGCGCCCUCGCCGCCGCUCUCCGGCUGCAGGGACCGUGCUCACGGCCAGGGCCGCGCCGCGCCAUGGCCGUGUACCGCACGGAGGAGCACGGCCAGCCCCACUCGCGCGAUUAUCGCCUCUUUUUCAGAAAAUGGUAUUCCUACAAAGAAAGCACGAAAUGCUGAGUAUGAGAAUUUGUUUAAUAUGGUUGUAGAAGUACCUCGGUGGACAAAUGCUAAAAUGGAGAUUGCCACCAAGGAGCCAUUGAAUCCCAUUAAACAAGAUGUAAAAGAUGGCAAGCUGCGCUAUGUGGCAAAUAUCUUCCCUCACAAGGGUUAUAUAUGGAAUUAUGGUGCCCUCCCUCAGACUUGGGAAGAUCCCCAUCAAAAAGAUAAGGGCACAGACUGCUGUGGAGAUAACGAUCCUAUUGAUGUUUGUGAAAUAGGCUCAAAGAUUUUUUCUCGUGGAGAGGUUAUCCAUGUGAAGAUCCUUGGAAUUUUGGCUCUUAUUGAUGAAGGUGAAACAGAUUGGAAAUUAAUUGCUAUCAACGUGAAUGAUCCCGAAGCCUCAAAAAUUCAUGACAUUGAUGAUGUCAAGAAGUAUAAACCAGGUUACUUGGAAGCUACGCUUGAUUGGUUUAGACAUUAUAAAGUGCCAGAAGGAAAACCAGAAAACAAAUUUGCUUUUAAUGGGGAAUUCAAAAACAAGGCUUUUGCUCUUGAAGUUAUUAAAUCUACUCAUGAAUGUUGGAAAGCAUUGCUUAUGAAGAAGUGUGAUAGAGGGACUAUAAAUUGCACAAACGUGCAGAUACGUGAUAGCCCUUUCCGUUGCACUGAAGAGGAAGCCAGAUCAUUAGUUGAAUUGGUACCGACUUCACUGCAUAAAGAAAGUAAUGAAGAAGAGCAAGUGUGGCACUUCCUUGACAAGUGAUUGAGACAUUUGAAAUGCUGCCAUCAAGACUCCAAUCAUCCUGUUCCCCUAAGUGUUAGAGACAGGCAGGUGUAUGAGCAUUUGCUGACUUCCUGUUGAAACUUCUUUUUUUUCCCCAUAGUUUUUGAAAUAUGCAGUAUGUAAAUAAACACUGAAAUUUUUGAA